GUCGGGAAGUUGGCUCCCGCGUCGCCGCCGGGGCUCCAUCCCUUCUUCGCCCCUGCAGCUGCUGCGGAAGGGCCGGGCGAGUGUUCCUGCGCGCCCCGGGGAUCGUGCUCGGGUCCCGGCUCUCCGCGGAGAGCGGAGCGCUCUCUGGGCGCCGACGCGGGGCGCCGGGGGCGGCGCAGCUCCGGCGGGGGCGCGAGGUGCAGCGGGCUUGUGGUUGGCUGGUUGGUUGGUGGAGAAUCGGCAGGGUCUGGUGGAGCGGCCGCCUCGAGGGGCGGCGUCUCCUCGCUCAUCCCGACUUUACCUUCGGGAGGAUGCACCGCGCAGCCAGUUGGGGACUGAAGUAGCUGAAAUGCGCAAAAGGCAGCAGUCUCAAAAUGAAGGAACACCUGCUGUGUCUCAAGCUCCCGGGAACCAGAGGCCCAACAACACGUGUUGCUUUUGCUGGUGCUGUUGUUGCAGCUGCUCCUGCCUCACCGUUAGGAAUGAAGAAAGAGGAGAAAAUGCAGGAAGACCCACACAUACCACAAAAAUGGAAAGCAUCCAGGUCCUAGAAGAGUGCCAAAACCCCGCCGCAGAUGAGGUCUUGUCCUGGUCUCAGAAUUUUGACAAGCUGAUGAAGGCCCCGGCAGGAAGAAACCUCUUCAGAGAGUUCCUCCGCACAGAAUACAGUGAGGAGAACCUGCUCUUCUGGCUUGCCUGUGAAGACUUAAAGAAAGAGCAAGAUAAAAAAGUAAUAGAAGAAAAGGCCAGGAUGAUAUAUGAAGACUACAUUUCCAUACUAUCACCAAAAGAGGUCAGUCUCGAUUCUCGAGUUAGAGAGGUGAUCAAUAGAAAUCUGUUGGAUCCCAAUCCUCACAUGUAUGAAGAUGCCCAACUUCAGAUUUAUACCUUAAUGCACAGAGAUUCUUUUCCGAGGUUUUUGAACUCUCAAAUCUAUAAGUCAUUUGUUGAAAGUACUGCCGGCUCUUCUUCUGAAUCUUAAUUUUCAUUAAAGGAAUUAUUUUGGAGGGCUGGGAUGGGAACUAAAGUAGUGAAAUGACAUCAGAAAUUGAGUUCCUGGACAGCUACACUUUAGUAUUCCUCAGGCUACUGUGAAAAUACAAACAUUAUGGUCUUUGUCUCCAUUUUUAUCAAGGUUAUCCAUGGUUAAGCUUGGAGAAAAUACCACAUAAAACAGUGAAUUGCCAAACUAAGUUUGUUUUACUCAACACUCAUUCUACUUGCAAGCAAACUGUACUUGUAGUCCUAUGGACCGUCUUCUAGUGUAUCUCCACAGACUGCAUGUGCAAAGUGAAAACUGCUUCAUUUGCCACGUAGUUGUUGUUCUACUUAAUCCAAUAGCAAAACCUAUAUAUGUAUUUAAGGACUUUUGUGCAAUAUGGUCUUAUAGAAAUAAUUGCCAAAAAUGGCUGUGAUUUGCAUUUUUAUCAUAAUCUGAGAUAGAAAAAGGCAAUUUUUAAAAUGUAACAAUUGUGUUCAACAUGCUAUCUACUGUGUUCCGUACACUAAUUUUGAAGCCGAUGUUUCUGUACAUGAAAAAAGAGCUAUUUAUCUGUUUGUUGGAAAAUCCUAACGGAUAAUUCCUCUGGUUGAUCACUGCCAAAACUGUGGCAUUUUCAUUAAGAAGAGUUUGCUAUGUUAAAAAAAUAAGAAGAAAAAAAGCACAAAACAAUUUGAAGAUAUCCUAUCUCAAUGACAAAUCAAAGAAUGAUAUUGUUUUUAAAUUGUAAUAGAAGAAAAUGAAUCUAUGUAUAUAUCAGAUGUCCAAUACUGUAAUUAAUUUAUUAAAGACUGGAUCUCCAGUUAUAAAAUGGUUGUGUAAAGUUAUGUACUGCAGCAAGAAAAAUAUAAGCUUGAUAACUUAGUUUUGGAAUAAAAAGGAAAGGAUUUAAUAAAGGAAUGCCUACAUGUAGCUCAUGUAAAACAUUUUGAUGAAUGGCAUCUGUCCUGUGGCAUUUUUCCUUGAAAGUGAAAGCCAAUGAAAAACUAAGUUUUUACCAAGAAGAGUUUUAUAAUGGUUAUGAAGAAGAUAAUUCUCUACUUCAGACCUUAACUGUUUUCACAUAAUAUCUUGAGUGACUUAUUUUAAAAAUAUUAAAACCAAACUAUUAAUUCUCAUCCAUAAGUAAAAGGCAGUACAGUGCUCAAAUCUUCUAGCUGCCAUAUUUUUUAUAAUUACACUAACUCUUCAAGACAGAAUACUUGCCUGACAUUGGCAUGUAUUUCUGACAUUCAAGAAAACAGUAUCCUGUCAUGCACAAAAAUUAUAACAACAAUCAGUGUCAUAUUUAUAUCAAAGUGUUACAUUUGAAUAUUAAUAUUCCCUGGAGGCUAUUUUUUUAAUCUUAAACUGAAUGAAUAUAACACUGAGUACUCUAAAAUGAAAGUUUUAAAAAGAUUUAUAUCCACUGAGAACACUGGCCUUAUAUUAAGGAUGAUAUUAAAAUUAUAGGUUUUCUUUGUCAUUUUUUUAACUACCUCUCAUUUUUUAAUUUAUUAAAUGUUUUUUAAAAAGCGAGUUUGGAGUUUUCUUUUUAAAUUUAUUUUACUUGAAAGGUUGACAUCAUAAAUUUCUUUUUCCAUAAACUUAAAACAUUUCAAAAGUUGUUUUUUUAAGUGAAUAUGAUUUUAUAAUUUAUAUAGAAUUCAGGAGACAAGAUUUAAAGGGCUAUUAUCUAUUCCCUAUGCAAAUAUUUUAACUGUUGCAGUGUUUGACAAAAUGGGAUUUAAAAAAAUUUGCAGAGUACAAAAUGUUCUGUUUACACUGGCGUUGCUGACUAUCCUACAAUAUUCAGCACUUUUAAAUACAUUAUUUAUGAAAAUGUAGUUAUAAUGCAAGAUAGAAAAUAUUUAUAAUAAUCAUUUCUUUUACAAAUGCCUGUUUUUUCUGAAAGUGUUAGUGUGUUAAGAAAUAUUUUAUCCAUGUCACUUAGAUAUUUACUAUUUGAAUAAAAUUUUUCAGUAAUAUGUUGAAAAAAGAUAGCAAUGAAGAUGUUUACAAAGUCAUAUUUUUUCCUAAAGAGUAAAGAAAAACUAAAAGAAUCAUUCUUUUGUGAAGUUCUACUGUUCCUAAACUAUUUCUUUUUUCUUGAUUAAAACUGAGUUUAUUAUGCUACUAUGAUGUAUACACAUAUAUGGUGUAGUAUCAUACUUGUUUCUGUGUUUGAGGCACAACGAAUUGGUGCACAUGACUAGAAAAUAUGUAAUAUACUAUGACACCACGCAUGCAUCAGCCUUUUUAAAUGUAAACUUUAUAUUCUUGUUGUUACUAUAUAUGAUGGUGACCUGCUAGUCGUAAGUUAUCUUUAUAAGAUACUUUGGACUAUUAAUUAGAUGAAUUGUCUGUUUGACAAUAACUGUACUAUUUUACCAAAUGUAAAAGAUAAGGGCCCUUAUCAAGCGUCCUAAUCUCUAACCUGGGCAUUUGUGGAAUAAAGAUUUUGAAGCUGGUAUAUGCUUUUGAAACUUGGUGAGGAAGUAGUGGUGAGAAUGAUUCUACAGCAGAUUUACACACAGACGUUAGUAACCAUGCUAUGUGAACAUUCCUGUGCUAACUCACAUUUUCAGGGGAGAGGAGAGUUUCUCAUUUAAUUUUAAAAAUGUUUAAAGUUUCUAGGAUUGUUUGUAUAUUUGCAGCUGUACCAGUUUUUUUAAGUGUGGUGUGACUCUUUUCUGUUUAAGUUACAGAGCUAUCAUAAACAAACGGAAGCCUUCAACUGGUGUCUAUGCUACCAUUCUAAGAGCACAAGAUUUGUUUUAGAAUUUGAUUUUUCCUAUUGAGUAAAUUCCUCCUUGGGGGAAAAUUAGCACUUUAGAAGGAGCACUUCGUGUUUUAGAUUGCCAAGAUAUCUUUGUGUACUGUUAGAAUCUGCUAAUUCACAGGGAAAGAGGUUAAUGCACUUUCUAUAGUACCUAAUCUCAGAUGUAUCUAAUUAUAAUGGAAAGAAAAGUAGAAGACGUAGAUUAUGUAUAUUAAAUAAAUUGGGGAUUCAGGUUUCUUUAGAGUGAUCUUGUACAAUCACAGGACUAAUGGAUGGGGAACACUACUCUGGCUAAUUGUUACUAUGUUACUCGAAGUUAGUGUACGUGCUCUGACAGUGCUACAAGAUAGAUAUGAACAAAGCAAAACACAAUUUUAAUACUGAAACUAUGAAAUGCAAAAGUCAAGGCCAUAAUGUGGUCUUUUUUUGAAAUCUUAAAAUAUGUACAUAGGGUGACCAGUUAUGAAAUUUGGUCAUGGUGCAUGGGGUAUUUAUUAGUGUCCUUUGAUGCUGCCUAGGUUCUUACUUACAGAAUGAAAUGUGUAUUGUAUACUUACCUAAUAGCUCAGUUUUGUAAAGGACUAUAGAAAUAGGCAAAUAAUGUUAGGAGUCAAAAUGCAUUUUCAGCCCCUUAUACUGAAUUACAAUAAUACCUAACUCUUUUGAAUUUAACCAUUUCUUUCUAUACCCCUUUAACUUAUACUGAAAAAAAUAAAUCAUAUUGUAAUUGUGACAAAUUAGUUUGCAAAAAAUAGAAAAUAUUCAAUGUUUUAGUAAAGAAAUGUAAAUAGAAGAAAUUUAAAAUAGAUGCAAAAAACAGAAAACUGAGGAUUGUUGGGAAGACUUUAUAAAAUUUCUUAGAGAUAGAAAAUGCCAAUAGUUCCAACCCUAUAAAACAUAAAUUUUUAAUACUUUGAGCUUUAUAAUGUUAGCAAAUUAUUUUAAAAGAUGGUAAAGAUAGUUCCAGAAAAUUUUCUUGCCCUUCUAUUUACUUUGACCGUUUAUGACCCUAAUUUUGAAAGUAUAUUUUAAGCAAAUACUUAUGUUUGAGUGUUUUUAAGUUUUUAAAUUUCUACCAAGGUAAAAUAUUUAUUCUCCUAAGAAAACAUUCAAUACAUAAAAAUUUUAAUCAUUCCUCAUUUGCUACAGUUACAAAUGUUACCAGUAAAACUGAUACCAAAAACUUGUUUCAGGUUUUCUCUGCAAUACUUAGAAUAUCCUUGGAACACACACCAGUGCUUAGAGUGGCAAGCAUUGUUUCCAAAUUCCAAACUGUGAUUUAAGUAUUUUUAAAAAUUCUUUGAAGUAUUACUCUUUUAGUCUUCACCAGUCCCAACUGAUGUUUUUUCAGAUUAUGCAAGAGGACACUCAAGACUGACUAAUGAGAACAUUACAGAAGACAAUGUGCUGCCCUAACUGGUAGCAGGUCCCAGUAUGUGGCCUAAUAUUAUUCCUGUAUCAAAUGUUCUAACAGGAGUAGGUAAAGGAAUGCUAUUAAGAAUUGAUGAGAAUAACCAAAUAUUUUAAGUAUUGCAUAUGCUCAACUUGAAAUUCAUCAUUUCCUUGUUAUUUAUCAUAUAACAACUCUUGUUUCAGCAAUUUCAGAAUUUUAUAACUGCUAACUUAACAGCAUCUGUUCUAAUAGCAUUCUAGCACUUGAAGAGUUAAUAAGUAAAUAUUUUAGAACAGUUAAGCAGAUUGUGUUUCUGUCCUAUGAUUAGAUACAGUUCCUUUCCAAAGACCUCGCUCAUAGUGCUGUGUUAAAACGAUGCCACAUACUGUUGUUACUAAUGGAAAUGUAUGUCCACAGACUCACAUAUGGAAUAUAGUGAAAAAACAAUGGGAAGUCAGAAUUACAAAUUUGAUUUCAAGCUGCAUUUCUGUCUCAUGUGACUGUGGACCUCUGUGCUUUUCCCCUACAUUUUCCAAACAGACAUUAUAACUCAGAUCAAUUAUUCAUCCAAAAAGAUAACUUUAUUUUAAGAUGAAGGACUGUAUCAUUAUUACUACUUCCAUAAUGUGAUUCAAAAUCUCUACUUUCAGUUCAAUAAAAUCAUACCAAAUCUGUAAUCUAGAAAUAUUUCUUUCAGUACACACACACACACA